GGGGCGGGAGUCAGCUGAGCUGCCUGGGCGAGGUUGUGAUCACCUGGGAUCUGCUAAGGGGAGCCUCUAAUCUCUUGGGACUGGAGCUGGGGUGCAAAACUGCGCCAUAUUCUAGUUGGGGCUCCUCGAUCGUCUCGUCCUAUGCAGAGAAAACGAAAAGGGCCUCAGAAUUUUUAAAAGGUUCUCAGGAUCUGUCAGACGCUGGGAAAGCACAGCUUGAAAUCCAGGACGACCGGGGUCCCAGUUGUGACCCCCAGGCCCCAGACCAAAAACCCAGUGUUUGACUGCCAUGGCGUCCAUUCUGGAUGAGUAUGAGGACUCACUGUCCCGCUCGGCCGUCUUGCAGACUGGUUGCCCUAGCGUGGGCAUCCCCCAUUCUGGGUAUGUAAAUGCCCACCUGGAGAAGGAGGUGCCUAUCUUCACAAAGCAACGGAUUGACUUCACCCCCUCCGAGCGAAUCACCAGCCUUGUUGUUUCCUGCAAUCAGCUCUGCAUGAGCCUGGGCAAGGAUACACUGCUCCGCAUUGACUUGGGCAAGGCCAGUGAACCCAACCGCGUGGAACUGGGGCGCAAGGAUGAUGCCAAAGUCCACAAGCUGUUCCUGGACCAUACCGGUUCUCAUCUGCUGAUCGCUCUGAGUAGCACCGAGGUCCUUUACUUGAACCGCAAUGGACAGAAGGCCCGGCCGCUGGCUCGUUGGAAGGGGCAGCUGGUGGAGAGCGUGGGCUGGAACAAAGCCCACGGCAACGAGAGCACCACCGGCCCCAUCCUGGUCGGCACAGCGCAGGGACAGAUCUUUGAGGCGGAGCUCUCAGCUAGCGAAGGUGGCCUCUUCGGCCCUGCCCCGGAUCUCUACUUCCGUCCACUGUACGUGUUAAAUGAGGAAGGGGGUCCAGCCCCCGUGUGCUCCCUCGAGGCUGAGCGUGGCCCUGAUGGACGAUGCUUUGUCAUUGCCACCACACGGCAGCGCCUCUUUCAGUUCAUAGGCCGAGCAGUGGAGGAUGCCGAAGCCCAGGGCUUCUCGGGGCUCUUUGCUGCCUAUACAGACCACCCACCCCCAUUCCGCGAGUUUCCUAGCAACCUGGGGUAUAGUGAGUUGGCUUUCUAUACGCCUAAGUUACGCUCUGCUCCUCGCGCCUUCGCCUGGAUGAUGGGAGAUGGUGUGCUGUAUGGCUCCCUGGACUGCGGCCGUCCUGACUCCCUGCUGAGUGAGGAGCGAGUGUGGGAAUACCCAGCUGGGGUUGGUCCUGGGGCCAGUCCACCCUUAGCCAUCGUCCUGACCCAGUUCCAUUUCCUGCUGCUGCUGGCAGACCGGGUGGAGGCUGUGUGCACGCUGACGGGGCAGGUGGUGCUACGGGAUCACUUCCUGGAGAAGUUUGGACCACUGAGGCACAUGGUGAAGGACUCGUCCACAGGUCACCUGUGGGCCUACACUGAGCGCGCAGUCUUCCGCUACCAUGUGCAGCGUGAGGCUCGGGAUGUGUGGCGCACCUACCUGGAUAUGAACCGCUUUGACCUGGCCAAGGAGUAUUGUCGAGAGCGGCCUGAUUGCCUGGACACGGUCCUGGCCCGAGAGGCUGAUUUCUGCUUUCGCCAGCAUCGCUACCUGGAGAGUGCCCGCUGCUAUGCUCUGACCCAGAGCUAUUUUGAGGAGAUUGCCCUCAAGUUUUUGGAGGCCCGGCAAGAGGAGGCGCUGGCCGAGUUUCUACAGCGGAAACUGGCCGGCUUGAAGCCGACUGAACGUACCCAGGCCACACUACUGACCACUUGGCUGACAGAGCUCUACCUGAGCCGGCUCGGUGCUCUGCAGGGCGACCCGGAUGCUCUGAAUCUCUACCGGGACACACGGGAGUGCUUCCGUACCUUCCUCAGUAGCCCUCGGCACAAAGAGUGGCUCUUUGCCAGCCGGGCCUCCAUCCAUGAGCUGCUCGCCAGUCAUGGGGACACGGAGCACAUGGUGUAUUUUGCAGUGAUCAUGCAGGACUACGAACGGGUGGUCGCAUACCACUGCCAGCACGAGGCCUACGAGGAGGCCCUGGCUGUGCUUGCCCGCCACCGUGACCCCCAGCUCUUCUACAAAUUCUCACCCAUCCUCAUCCGACAUAUCCCUCGCCAGUUAGUGGAUGCCUGGAUUGAGAUGGGCAGCCGGCUGGAUGCUCGGCAGCUCAUCCCUGCCCUGGUGAACUAUAGCCAGGGUGGCGAGGCCCAGCAGGUGAGCCAAGCCAUCCGCUAUAUGGAAUUCUGCGUGAAUGUGCUUGGUGAGACCGAGCAGGCCAUCCACAACUACCUGCUGUCACUGUAUGCCCGCGGCCAGCCAGCCUCACUUCUGGCCUAUUUGGAGCAAGCUGGCGCUAGCCCACACCGUGUACAUUACGAUCUCAAAUACGCACUUCGACUUUGUGCUGAGCACGGCCACCACCGCGCCUGCGUCCACGUCUAUAAGGUGUUGGAGCUGUAUGAGGAGGCUGUGGACUUGGCCCUGCAGGUGGAUGUGGACCUGGCCAAGCAGUGUGCAGAUUUGCCAGAGGAAGAUGAGGAACUUCGCAAGAAACUAUGGCUCAAGAUCGCCCGGCACGUGGUGCAGGAGGAGGAAGACGUUCAGACAGCCAUGGCCUGCUUGGCCAGCUGCCCCUUGCUCAAGAUCGAGGAUGUGCUGCCCUUCUUUCCUGACUUUGUCACAAUCGACCACUUCAAGGAAGCCAUCUGUAGUUCACUCAAGGCCUACAACCACCAUAUCCAGGAGCUGCAGCGCGAGAUGGAAGAGGCCACAGCCAGUGCCCAGCGGAUCCGACGAGACUUGCAGGAGCUUCGCGGGCGCUACGGCACGGUGGAGCCCCAGGACAAAUGCUCCACCUGCGACUUCCCUUUGCUCAACCGACCCUUUUACCUGUUUCUCUGUGGCCACAUGUUCCACGCUGACUGUCUCCUGCAGGCCGUGAGGCCUGGCCUUCCUGCCUACAAGCAGGCCAGGCUUGAGGAACUGCAGCGCAAGCUUGGGGCUGCGCCUCCUCCAACCAAAGGCUCUGCGAAGGCCAAGGAGGCCGAAGCAGGGGCUGCGGCUGUGGGGCCCAGCCGGGAGCAGCUCAAGGCUGACCUAGAUGAACUGGUGGCUGCUGAGUGUGUGUACUGUGGGGAGCUGAUGAUUCGCUCUAUUGACCGGCCUUUCAUUGAUCCCCAGCGCUAUGAGGAGGAACACCUCAGCUGGCUAUAGGAAGUGACCCCAUGUGGGUGGACGGACAGGGAUACAGCUACCAGACCCUCCAGAAGGCCAGGCCCUGGUCGGUGUUCAGUCCUUGAGAUUGCCAGGCCUGUGAUUGCAAGGGUGUUGGAGCCGAGCUUCAGCCCCGGGGUUUCAGGCGUGAACAUGUUCUGUGCCCUGCGAACUGUGCUUCAGACCUGUCUUAGAGCUGAUUGUCCCCCAGGCAGCCUGAGCUGGUGAGAUCAGCCAUGAUCCUUUAACCCACUACAUCUAACAAUUCCUCUGUUCUUGUCAGCUUGUUCCCGUGGACUGAGUAGCCCAAUGUCCUUCCUUCCUCUGCCACUCCAUAGCCUCUGGACCUCCAGCACGCCCUCUUCUGCCUCAACUAGGCAACCCAGGAGUGAGCAGGCAGACUCCAGCUCCUAGGCACUUGUGGAGAGGGUGGUACUAAGGGUAGGCAUGUGGAGAUGCUAAUGUGACCCUGGGGCUGAGGGCGCACCUAGGACAAGGGGAAUAGCAACACGCGGAGAGCAUUAUUAAAUUGCACUGCAGUGGUGUCUCUGGACUUGAUGGCUUUGUGUUGAUGCUGAAGCUAACAGGGUAUGAUCCCAAGAAGGGAUGGUAUGCAUGCCACAAGAAGGCUGCCUACACCAGGCAUGGUGGCAUAGAACAGGGCAUGGCCAGCCUGGUCUACAUAGUAAGUUCUAGGCCAGCCAAGGCUACAUAAUAUGGCCCUGUAUCAAAACAAAACAAAGAAAAGACCUCCAGAGACCUCCAGAGUCCUGCAAGCCUUUAAGCCUUGGCACAAGGUCUUUCAUUGGGGGUGAGACAGGACAAUCUGGUUCCUCUGACUAUAAAGCUUAGAGAUUCCAGGUCCUCUUCCUAAAUCCUGGAGCUAUCCUCCCCUCUGGCUGGCAGGUGGCGCUGCUGCUCAGGGAAUUCAUCCACUUUUGGCAUCUUGGGGCACAAAUUCUCACACUUGCUAGUCUUACUAAUGCUUCCUCAGCCAUUCCCUUGCUAGCUGUUGCAAGAAUUUUCUAGAAGUCUGCAUUUCCUGGGCAGGAUUCUAAGCCAUUAAUUCUUUCUCCAAGUGUUCUUUAUUAGCAUCAGUUCUAUAGUACAGGGGUUCCUUGGGUCAUGCUCACCACCUUUCCCUUCCUCCCACUGGUUCUCCUCCUCCUCCCUAGUCUUCCUCACUUCCACUGUCGCAUCUGUAUUGUGUGCAGGCAAGCAUACAUGUGCAUACGUGUGCAUGCGUGUGGGGUAGUUCUAUGCCCACCUCCCUGAGUUUCGUUAGGGUUGAUACAGGAGACCAGGCAGGCACUUUACCAGUGCUGAACCACUAAGGAAAUGAGAAAAUGCCUCUUCCUCCCCAUCAACCCUAACUGAGUAUAAGCCCUUCCAUGGCAGUGUAAAUAGACUGGGCCAGUCACGUGCAGACCUUGUUCAGGUAACGACAGCUGCUCUGAGUUCCAGAGCCCAGAGCGUAGGAUGCCAACCACCACCUUUCCUUCUGCUCUUUCUGCCUCUUUGGUAGUCUUCCUGAACCUUGAGGUGUGGCCUGAUCCUCAUUUAUAGCUGUAAGUCCCUAGUUCUCUCCAGUGCCUCUUACACAGUCUGUAUUCUGCUUGCUUGCCCUUCUGAUAGACUGGAUCCCUGCCAGCCUGGGCCUGGUUCCGCUAUAUGCACUGUGAAGCUCUGUGUCAUUCGAGCUGUUUUCUCCUUAUCUUGCUCCUGUGGCUUUGCCUUUCCUCACCCAAGACAACACUUUCUUAGUUUUAGUUGGGGCCAGAAGCUACAUCUGGGGCAUCCUGGAGUCAGGCCUCCAGGGACAGCCUUUGCCCUCUGGACAGGUGUUCAUAGUCCGACUUCCUAGAUAUGAAGUCUUCAUAUGAAUCUGUCAGCUGGCCCAGAAUGUGACAACAUAAGUGAGUGUUCCUGUCCCUAAGCAAGAGGCCAGCUGAUCUAGUUUAUAAAUGUCUUUUUUCUCCUCCAUUGUAA